AUGCCGUAUCCAAAAAGAGCACGAUUACAAAAACCGGCGGAGGAAGUAGAAGUGGAGGCGGAAGCUCCGAUUGUGGAAGCACGUACACCAAUGCCUACCGAUCUGGAAUUAGAUGUGACGGAAACACCAUUGGAGCACGAUUUAAUCGAGGAUGAAAACAUGCUGGAAGGAGCUGAAGAAGUUGAAGUGGAAUAUGUUGAUGACAAUGGAAUUCCCGUCCCGGAAAUGGCGGAAGAAGUUGUUAUGGAAGGAGAUUAUGUUGAAGAGUACAUUGAUGCAGAGGAAGACGACAUGGCAGAGUCGCUCGUGGCGCUCUCUCGCAGUGGUGAAUUUCGCGAUAAAGGCGGUGGCGAAUAUGUGGUUGAAAAUGUUGAGGCACGCCGUAGAGCUCCACGUAUCCUAAGACGAUUCGGUCCCGCGCAACACCAGCAAUUUGUGGAACAAGCACCGAAUUUCGUGGAAUCAGGCCAGAUUGUAGUUGAAGAGUUUCAACCAGUUGCAUCUGCUGGACGAGACACAAGAUUUACUCCAAAAUAUCCAGUAGCUGUUGCAAGGCGGCCUCCUACAAUUAAUAUGCGAAGUUCAUAUCCUAAAGGUGACUGGAGAGAAGAUCAGAGGAAGAAAUUGCUAGUUUGUGACGUUUUUGAGUCACUACCAGAGCACAAACAGGAAACAUUCAAAAAAUUGAUGGAUAUCUUUGGAACAAGUGUCCCUCCAUAUCGAGCACCAACUAAGAGGAAGUAUCCAGAAAAUUCACCGGGGUACUAUCCAGACGGAGAAGGAGGAGCGGUGAGUCCUCGUCAAGGAUCUCAGAAAUCUGGUCGAACAGUAUCAUUUGAUCCACGUUUCCCGGAACCUCCGCGAUACGUCGUUACAAACCCAUCAUCAUCAAGCAACGCUCGCGUUGUAGCGAUGAUUCCGUUCGAGGAAAAGGCGAACGCUGAUACUGGAGAUCGAGGUGAUGGUGCUGAUAUGCCUGAGCUGAUGCAGGGUGAUAUGAAUGAAGGCGACAAAUCUGUGGAUUCGCACGACGUUGAUGAGACUGGUGAUGUGGAUAUCGAAACGUACGAAGAGGAUCACUCACGUGAGCAUCGGAAACCGACCGUUUGGGUUGAUAACAAAGGAAGAGUAGUUGACGUCAUGCCUGGCCGUGGUGGUCAUGCUACUCUCAUUUAUCCUGAAAUGAGGCAAGAAGUGUUUGGUACGUCUGAUUUACGUUCUCUUGCAGCCUCCCAUCCAAAAGAGACCCAAGAUGAACGAUUUUGUCCAUCGUGUAGAAUGACAAUGAAACGUUCGAUUUUUUACCAUCACGGUCGUCUUAUACGUAAAUACGGAAGGUGUGAUAUUUUCACGCCGAAACGAUUCCCCUGCGGAUCUCCUGGGUGCCAUGAACGACUAGGUACCCUAGAAAGGCUCUGUGAACAUAUGUAUCAAGUCCACCGUGCUCCUACGGAUAUAAAAAGGAGAGUAUUUGACAAUGAGGCUCAGUUCGAGGAGUUCUUGCGCGAGUUAGAAAGCCGAGGCGGGAAUUUCCGUAUGUCCCGUGGAAACAAAACUAUAAAGGAAGGAAUUGUGCAGUAUUUUCGCUGUAAUAGGAUCUUUUCAAUCGCGAAAGAUAAGGCAUUGCGAAUUGUUGAUGAUAUAAAUGCUGGCACUUAUGAGGCUGUGAAGGACAUCACUCAGCCUAUGGAUCCGUUUGGCAAGGAGACUAGCACGAAACCAUACCUACGAACAGAGGAAGCAUGCACUGCUUUUUUCAGGAAGACGUACUUAAAUGAUGGUACCAUCGAAGUGCGAUACUGUGACUACCAUUUACAUGGUGAUGAAAGACUCCGUCUGCCUACAGCAAUACGCAAUCGUAUUUACGAGAUGAGUAAGAAGAAAUUACCUCUUCCUGUCAUCGUUAUGGUUCUACACAGAGAAUGUCAUCGAUUUUGCAUGCCCGGAACAGCUCUCGAGAGGAGAAUCAUGGCAGUCACACCACGUGAAGUGCAACUGGUUGCACAAUCCGUGCAACGACGUCUCGAUGCAGCUGCAAAGCGAAAAAAGGCUGAAGGAGAGCAGGAUCAGCACACAAACGGUGGUGAUCACGUGGAUGCUGAACAUGAACGCGAAGAUCAUGAAGCAGCUGAAAACAUCAUGGAAAGAGGCGAUGGCGACGAGCAUCACGACGACUCACAUGAACAUUUAGAACCAACUGAUGAUGCUCAUGAGGAAGAUGGUAACAGUGGAGGUGGUGGACUUGAUUUCUCGACAGAAGGACGUGGUGAAGGUGGAGAGCUGACAGAAUUGGAGUUGACCAUGCUGGAAGAAUACGAACAGAACCGUGGUGUAAUUCUUACGGACUUCCAAAGCCUAAAACGGGAGGAGAAUCGAAAACGGUUAUGUCGUGAACGAGUACGAGCUAGGAUUUAUACACUUGGUCGUGCGAUGAGGAAUAUUCAAUUUUCGGACUUUGAAUGCGAUCUACUCAUUCGAUCUGAACAAAUGCUAGAAGCCGUUGUUGAGUUGUGGAACGCUAGAAUGGAGUCUGGAACAAAACUCGAUCCAGAAAGAUUGUUGCCGAAACGAGAGCUGUAUAGCGGUACCCCGGAUGCUUCUGCGGAAACUUCAUCAGACCAACCAGAAGCAACUGCAGCUGAUGUGACUCCUGCAGCAGCCACCGAAGAUAGUCCCGUGUUGGACGAAGGAAAUACUCCGGAUACUCCUGUCAAUGUUGCUUCCGAAGGCGCUGGGAAUGACGGUGAUACGACACCAUCGGCAUCUUCAGCUAGUGUAAGGAAAACGGCAAAGCCGAGGCAACGUCGUGCACUUCGAACUGAAAAAAUCAAGGAGGAACCGAAAUCAUCAUCCCCAGUUCCACCAUCACCACCCGCUUCACCACCUGCUGUCACUCGACUUGGUCGCGUUAUAAAGCGCAAGAAAAUAUUAGACGUGUAA